CAUACUUACUUGGCUACAAAACGUUGAGGCAGAGUGAAUAAUCUCUUGAAGAAACCAACAAGUAGAAUUCCAAAGAGAAUAAUAAACUCAAAUAAUUCAUCAUCAUGGAGUCGCGUCCAUUGAUUUUUUAUGUCAAUGGAAAGAAGGUUGUGGAGAAUACGCCGAAUCCGGAAUGGACGCUGUUGUACUACUUGAGACAUCACCUUCGCUUGGUUGGGUCGAAGGAAGGAUGUGGCGAGGGUGGGUGUGGAGCAUGCACCGUGAUGCAGUCUCGUUUUGACCCUGAGACACGAAAAAUUCAUAAUAUGGCCAUCAACGCUUGUUUGACACCGCUCUGCUCCGUCCACGGGUCUGCUGUCAUAACGGUCGAAGGGAUUGGCAGUGUGCGGCAAGGUCUUCAUCCUGUCCAGGAAAGGAUUGCCAAGUCGCAUGGGACGCAAUGUGGGCUUGCACGCCAGGUUUCGUCAUGUCCAUGUACGCCUUGCUUCGAAAUAACCCCAAACCUACGGAACACGACAUGGAAGAAGCAUUCCAAGGAAAUCUGUGUCGCUGCACAGGGUACCGACCAAUCCUGGAUGGCUUCCGAACUUUGUGCUGUAAAGACCUUUUCCAGGGGAAUGGCACGGCUGGAAAAUGUUGCGAAGCUUACGACACAAAUGAGAACGUGGAAGAGGUGGCUGACAUCUUGUUUGACGAGUCAGAAUUCCUCCCGUACGAUCCGACUGCGGAAAUAAUUUUCCCCCCAGAGUUACAGGUCAAUUUUUAAUUUAAAGCUAGACCGACACAAGAGUUGGGCAACACUUUUUCAUGAUAUAAAAUUUCACUUUCUUAUAAAAAUGUCAGCUUUGAAAGUAAAAAUGAUCUCGCUGGAAGAUA